AUGAGCACAUAUGGGACAUUAUUGAAAGUUACUACAUUUGGCGAAAGCCAUGGAAAAGGAAUUGGAUGUGUAAUUGAUGGUUUUUUACCAAAUAUUACGAUAAAUUUUGAGGAAAUUCAAAAACAAUUAAAUAGAAGAAAACCAAAUCAAUCUAAAUUAACAUCAAAUAGAAAUGAACCAGAUAAAUUAAUUGUUUUGUCAGGUUUUGAUGAUAAUAAAACAUUAGGAACACCUAUUACAUUUCUAAUAAAAAAUCAAGAUGUAAAAAAAAAUCUAUAUUCUAAUUUUAUAAAUAUACCACGCCCUGGUCAUGGAGAUUAUACAUAUUUUAUGAAAUAUAAUGUUAAAAAUAAAAGUGGAAGUAGCCGAUUUUCGGGUCGUGAAACUGCAACAAGAGUAGCAGCAGGAUCAUGCAUUGGGCAAUGGCUAAAAAAUUAUUAUAAUAUUCAUAUAGUUUCUUAUGUAUAUUCUGUUGGAAAUAUAAAAAUACCUAAAAUAAUUAAUGAUAUGUUUGAGAAAUGGCCACCAAGUAAAGAAUUGGUAGAUAAAUUUGGAUGUGUUAAAUAUAAUCAAGAUAAAAAAAUAUUUAUGGAUUAUUUUAAUAAUAUAUAUGAUUUAGAUGGAAUAUUAAUAUUUUCUGAAAAAGAAAAAAAUAAUAUAAUACAAUGUAAUGAUAAAAAAAUUAUUAAAGAAAAUAUUGAAUGGGUAAUUCUUCAAACAAGAUGUCCACAUCCCUAUACAGCUAUACAAAUAUGUUCAUGUAUUUUAAAAAUAAAAAAUAAAGGAGAUAGUAUAGGAGGAAUUGCUACUUGUGUUAUUCAAAAUGUUCCUAUUGGAAUUGGGGAACCUAUUUUUGAUAAAUUGGAAUCAGAAUUAGGCAAAAUUAUUUUAUCCAUACCAGCAAUUAAGGGUAUAGAAUUUGGUAGCGGUUUUAGUGGCUCUUAUAUGUUAGGGUCUGAACAUAAUGAUUUAUUUAUUCCGUUGGAAAAAAAUGAUGCAAUAAAUAGCUAUUUCAAGGAAGAAAAUAAAUGUGUACAUCCAAAUAUAAACGAGAUAAAAGAGUGUUACCAAUAUGAACAGAUUAAGAAAGAAUUAGAAAUGGAUAAUACAAAUGAUGAUAAAAAAAAAAAAAAUAUGUGCAAAAAUGAAUAUGGGGAAAAAAAUGUCUGCAAAAAUGAAUAUGAGGAAAAACACAUUUCAAAUAUUUAUUGUACUAUACCAAAUAAACACAAAUUAUUAAUUACAAAAUCAAAUAACUGUGGUGGUAUUUUAGCUGGAAUAUCAACAGGGAAUAAUAUCAUUUUUAGAUCAGCAAUAAAACCAGUUUCUUCAAUACAAAUAGAAAAAGAAACAAGCGAUUUUGAAGGAAAUAUAUGUACAUUAAAGGUAAAAGGAAUGCAUGAUUGUUGUAUUUUACCGAGAAUACCCCCUGUAAUUGAAGCAUCAUCUUCUAUUGUGAUUGGGGAUAUGAUUUUACGACAGAUUUCUAAAUAUGGUGAUAAAAAUCUGCCUUCUAUUAGUUCGUAUAUCCACUAUGAUAAUUAUGAACAUGAACAAAUUGGGUAA